AUGGCGAUUUCACAAACAAACGGCGCCAAUGGCACGAACGGGACGAAGGCAGCCAAAACUUUCCCGCCAGGAGUUCAUGUGCCCAGCUUGACGUGGUUCUUAGAUGAUUCCACGCAAGAAAUCGAUUGGGACACACAGCGGAAGCAUAUCAGCUUCCUCGUCGAGUCCGGAUUACACGGGAUUGUCCUGGCCGGUACGAAUGGAGAAGCGGUGGCACUGACUGCUGCCGAGAAAUCAAAGCUUGUUAGCACAACUAGAGAACUCGCCAUCCAGCAUGGCCGUCCAGAUCUUACCGUCACCCUUGGAUGCGGUGGAGGGUCUACCAGAGCCGUGAUCGACGAGACGAUAUUGGGCAAAGAGGCAGGGGCAGAUUACGCACUCGUGAUGGUGCCAAGUUAUUUCCACUUCGCCAUGAAUGAGGAUGCCAUUGUAGCAUUCUUCCAGGAGCUCGCGGAUGCCAGCCCUCUUCCAGUUAUUAUCUACAACUUCCCAGGUGUCGCUGCGGGUCUUGAUGUCAACUCAGAGAUGCUCGAAACCCUGGGUGCUCACCCAAAUAUCGUCGGUGUCAAAUUAACGUGUGGUGGUAUCGCGAAGGUUGCCCGUGUUCGCGCUGUAUACGAGCCAGAGCAAUUCUUUGCUCUUGCUGGACAGAGCGACUGGUUACUGCCAGCAGUUUCCGUGGGAGGAAUUGGCACAAUCACAGGUCUUGCCAACGUCUAUCCAAAAGCGUGUAUCGAGCUUUUCGAACUUUCCAUCGGCGAGAAGCACAAGGAGGCUGAAAAGGCACAACUCGACCUUGCAACCGUGGAAUGGGGAUUCGCAAAAGGUGGAAUCAAUGGUACCAAGUGGGUCGUUGCACAGAUUCUGGGAUACCCCGAGUCGAGUUGCCACACCCGUCGCCCAUACCCAAAAUUCACCGAUGCUAAGAAGCAAAGUUGGAUCAGGGGUGUUGUGAAUGGGUUGGCAAGCAAGGAGAAGAGCCUCACGAACCUGGCCAAGUCAUGA